AUAGCGCGUGAAUGUCUCGAUAGAGAAGUCGUUAGCGUGUUGCGUCGAAAAGGGUGAUACGUUUCGGAUGGAAACAAAUGGGAGGUGAUUUUUCCGACACUUCGUUCAGCGUGUUUCUCUUUUCUUCAAGAUAGUUUUUGCAGAUGGCCUUUAUUGAAUUUGGAGUGAAUUUUCCAGCGCUUCAUGUGUUUGGAGACCACUCCAUACCACAGCAGUCAGCCAUGCCAGUGGACCUUGCCAUACAACUGUGUCUGAGCCGGAGUCCUCCCAUCUGUCACCUACUGGGUGUGUCUCCUCUAAAGGCCCUGAGACCUCCCUUUCAGACAAUAGAUUUCCAGACUCUCAGGGCAGGCCUCCGCACUGCACCGCCCUCCUCUUCAUCCUCUUCCUCCUCACCAGAGUGGUCAGAGUCUAGGAGCUGUGUCCACAGGAACAGUGCCAGCCCUAAGAAGAACCGCGUGGUGUUUGCUGAUACUAAGGGGCUGUCUCUCACUGCAGUGCGACUGUAUAUCCCAGACAACUCCUUGUCCCCUUCCACAGCCCAGGGGGCUGACUCCUCUUCCUCCUCCUCCACCCCUAGACCCUCCUCUUCCCCCAGACUGCAGAGCCUGUGGCCAGGUCCAGCCGUUGGGCAGCAGCGCUGGAGACUGCGUCUAGCCUUCCCCCAACCCACAGCAGACUUUACGACAUUCCACGCCCGUCUGCAGGAGGCCCUGGUGCAGCUGGAGAGCUGCAGCGUGACCGAGCGCUCCCUGAGUGGCACCGUGCGUGUCUGCAAUGUUGGCUUUGAGAAGGCUGUGCACGUGCGGGUGACCUUUGACUCAUGGCGGAGCCACCGUGACAUCGCCUGCUCCUACCUGCAGCAGCGCUACAGUGACUUUAAGACUGAUGCGUUUGCCUUUGACGUCCCCCUCCCCCAGAACCUGGAUCCCAGCAAGCGUCUGGAGUUCUGUGUGUCCUUCCGGCCAGGCAGCGGGGCCACACCGCGUUGGGACAACAACAAGGGACAGAACUAUAGGGUGUGUGUGGCUCCUGACGGGUCAGGUUACAACCAAGCCCAGGCCCCGUUAUGGCGCCGUAUCACCACCCCCUGCCUCCUCCCGCGUCCCCCUAAUGGCCAAGGAGCGGGGGAACCAGCCUGAAGAGCCCCAUGUACCCUGAUUUCUCCCACCCCUCAGAGGCCUUUAUCAGCCAGAAUUGGGGGUGACUGGAGAACUUUCUGGUAGAGGGAAUUGCCCCAAGUCUGGUCAGGAAAUGAGCCAACUUUGCCAAUCUGAUUCUGGCUGCCUGAUCUUGGCAAUGGAGCUGGACAAACUCUUGCCAAGAAUAUAUGCAAUGUUUAAACCUGUUUGAAUUUGAAUAGAGGAAGUGCAUCACUAAAUGUAAUUGACUCAACUGAAAUGGAAUUGAACCCGUCUGAUGGUAGAGGUUUGGAAGACCACAAUGUUUGCUUUUGUAGUGGCCCUUAAUUCUACUGCUUAACUGGGCCCCAACUAAAAUGUGAAAUAGAUUUGCACUACUCGUGUACUUUUCAUAGAAUACAGCCCUGUGCUACCCAUAACUUAUUCCAGAUCACCCAGAGGGGAGUUUCCUAAGCACCAAGAUCAUAAUUUUAUCUUAUUUAUUGGUUUUCAUAGUACUAAGGCUGUGUUUAGAAGCAGCCCAAUUCUGAUUUUUUUUUCACUAAUUUGACAAAUCAGAUCCGAUCUGAAAAAGAUUGGCUGUGAAAAGAUCUGACGUGAUUGUUCAAAAGAUCAGAAUUGGGCUGCCUGUCUAAACGCAGCCUAUGAUGCUUCUUAAACUCUUCCCAGAGUUAGUUUUCAGGUGUAUAUUAGUACUGAUUGCACACAAAGGCCCUUCCAAGAAGGCUGAAUGUUCUUUAUAACUGCCAUGCAGACUUCUUCAACUUCAGCCAUCAAAACUGGCCUUUGAACAAAUUGAAUGUGUGCCUUGAGUUAUUAAACAUUAGA